UCCUGGUUCCCAGGCACCCCAGCCUGCGGUCCACGUGCAGGGGCAGGAGCCGCUGACCGCCUCCAUGCUGGCCGCAGCACCCCCCCAGGAACAGAAACAGAUGCUGGGUGAACGUUUGUUCCCGCUCAUCCAGACGAUGCACUCAAACCUGGCUGGGAAGAUUACGGGGAUGCUGCUGGAGAUUGACAACUCGGAGCUGCUGCACAUGCUGGAGUCCCCAGAGUCUCUCCGCUCCAAGGUGGAUGAAGCUGUGGCGGUCCUACAGGCUCAUCAUGCCAAGAAAGAAGCUGCCCAGAAGGUGGGCGCUGUUGCUGCUGCUACCUCUUAGACAAGGACAAACCGUAUG